UUUGCGGGUGAGGGGGUUGCCUCGCGUGCUACUCCCGGGCUUUACGAGCAAGCGGAUCUUUUCUCCACAGCCUGCAGAGGUCCCCUAUCCGUUUGCUAUCAUGAGUAGCGAAUUCUUGGCGGAGCUGCAUUGGGACGAUGGGUUUGCUAUCCCGGUGGCAAAUGAGGAGAACAAGAUACUGGAAGAUCAGUUGUCAAAGAUGCAGGAGGAAAGGUCAAGCUUGCAAGAUCAGCUACGUGACUAUGAAGAUCGAAUUAAUGCUAUGACUUCUCACUUCAAAAAUGUUAAGCAAGAAUUUUCAUUUACACAGUCUCUUUGUAAAGCCAGGGAGCAUGAGAUUGAAAGUGAAGAGCAUUUUAGGAUCAUUGCUGAAAGAGAACUGGGACGAGUGAAGGAUGAAAUCCAACGACUGGAAAAUGAAAUGGCUUCAAUACAGGAAAAGAAAAGUGAUAAGGAAAAUAACAUAUUUAAAACUACUCAAAAAUUGGAUGGUUUGAAAUGUCAAAUGAACUGGGACCAGCAAGCAUUGGAAGCCUGGUUAGAAGAAUCAGCUCGUAAAGAUAGUGAUGCCCUCACUCUUCAGAAGUAUGCACAACAAGAUGAUAGUAAAAUUAGGGCACUGACCCUGCAAUUAGAAAGACUGACUGUGGAAGGUAAUCAGAGAAGAAAGGUACUUGACAACGAACUUAUGGAGACUCUAAGUGCACAGUUAGAAUUGGAUAAAGCAGCACAAGAUUUUCGUAAGAUUCAUAAUGAAAGACAAGAACUCAUUAAACAGUGGGAGAACACAAUAGAGCAGAUGCAGAAGAGAGAUCGAGACAUUGAUAACGGUGCCUUGGCAUUAGCAAGGAUAAAGCAGGAAAUAAGAGAAAAAGAAAAUUUGGUUAAAGAAAAGAUCAAGUUUUUGGAAAGUGAGAUUGGGAAUAACACAGAGUAUGAGAAAAAAAUUUCUGUUGCUACUCGUAAACUUUUAAAAUGUAGAACGGAGUAUCAGCGUCAUGAAACUAACAGAAAUCAGCUGAAAGAUGAGCUGGAUUCUUUAAAAGCCACUGUGAAUAGAAGUUCCAGUGAUUUAGAAGCUAUAAGGAAAAAUAUUUCCAAAAUAAAGAAGGACAUUCAUGAAGAAACAGCAAGGUUACAGAAAAUUAAAAAUCAUAAUCAGAUUGUAAGAAAAAAAUUAAAGCAGAUAACUGAGAAAACAAUGUCUGUGGAAGAGAGAGCUACCAAUUUGGAAGAUACGCUAAGGGAAGAGGAAAAAAGUGUAAAGGAAGUGGAAGUUCAAUUGAACAUAGUGAAAGAUGUGCUGUUUAAGAAAGUUCAGGAAUUACAGACUGAGACAAUGAAAGAAAAAGCUGUUGUAUCAGAAAUUGAAGGAACUCGUUCCUCCCUAAAGCACCUCAACCAUCAGUUACAUAAACUGGAUUUUGAAACCUUGAAGCAGCAAGAAAUUAUGUACAGUCAGGAUUUUUACAUUCAACAAGUGGAACGCCGAAUGUCACGGUUAAAAGGAGAAAUUAAUUCAGAAGAAAAACAAGCCCUGGAAACAAAAAUUGUUGAACUUAAAAAGACAUUGGAAGAGAAAAAAUCUACAUUCGGCCUUUUGGAAACACAGAUCAAGAAGCUUCAUAAUGAUCUUUAUUUUAUCAAGAAGUCAAACAGUAAAAAUUGUGAUGAAAAACAGUUCCUCAUGACCAAAAUAAAUGAACUAAAUCUUUUCAAUGACAGAUCAGAGAAAGAACUUAAUAAAACCAAAGCUUUGAAACAGGAUUUGAUGAUAGAAGACAAUCUUUUAAAACUUGAAGUUAAACGUACUAGAGAAAUGCUUCACAGUAAGGCAGAAGAAGUACUUUCUCUGGAAAAAAGAAAGCAGCAAUUACACACAGCUAUGGAAGAACGAAUCGAAGAAAUUAAAGUUCACAAAACAAUGCUUGCAUCACAAACAAGAUAUGUUGAGCAAGAACGGCAGAACAUAAGUGCUGAGUUUCAUGAGAGGCUAAGUAAAAUUGAUAAGCUGAAGAAUAGAUAUGAAAUUCUUACUGUUGUAAUGCUGCCUCCUGAAGGAGAAGAGGAGAAAACACAGGCCUAUUAUGUGAUAAAGGCUGCUCAAGAAAAAGAAGAACUUCAAAGGGAAGGUGACAGUUUGGAUGCUAAGAUCAACAAAGCUGAAAAAGAAAUCUAUGCUCUAGAAAACACCUUGCAAGUGCUGAGAAGUUGCAACAACAAUUAUAAACAAUCUUUUAAAAAAGUGACUCCAUCCAGUGAUGAGUAUGAACAAAAAAUUCAACUAGAAGAACAAAAAAGAGCUAUUGAUGAAAAAUACAGAUACAAACAAAGACAAAUCAGGGAACUACAGGAAGAUAUCCAGAGCAUGGAAAAUACUUUAGAAGUUAUAGAACAUUUAACAAAUAAUGUCAAAGAAAAAUUAUCAGAGAAGCAGGCUUAUUCAUCUCAACUAAAUAGAGAAACUGAGGAGCAGAAGCCAAAAUUAGAGAGAGUAAUUAAACAGUGUGCAAAACUCACCAAGGAAAUCCGACUUUUGAAAGACACAAAAGAUGAAACACUAGAAGAACAAGAUAUCAAACUUCGUGAAGUGAAACAUUUCCACAAGAUCAUUGAUGAAAUGCUAGUUGAUGUCACAGAAGAAAAUGCUGAGAUCCGUAUUAUCCUUCAAACAUACUUUCAACAGAAUGGUUUAGAACUACCUACAGCUGGUACAAAAGGCAGUCGCCAGAGUUCUAGAUCUGCUUCACAGACUUCACUGGUAUCAACAAGGUCAUCCAGAAGUUCCACAACUACUGCCUCUCAGACUUCAAUUAAAGUAUUAGAGCUGAACUUCCCAGCCUCCUCUUCAGGGACUGGCAAUAUUUCUAGGCCACCAAGUGCGACCAGUAGCUCCAGUAAUGGUAAAAACAAAAAGGGCUGCAAAUAAACAUUUUAAUCUCUUGUAUAAGUUGUAAACACGAAAACAAAAAUCUUACUUUUAAGAUAGUGAAUUCCACCCUAUGCUUUUGGGUGCUGUGUAGUUAUAUGAGAGAGGCCCACUGAAAUCGUGUUAGAAAUAUGCAAUAACUAGACCAAAGUUUACCCUGUGGAAAAUGUGAAAACUGAGUUAAAAAGUCAAGCAAUUUAGGUUCAGAUAAGCCAAAGAAAUGCUUAAUUUUCUUAGCUUUUGCCAUACUGUUUUCUUCAGAGAAGGAAAGCAGUAAUAGAUUCUUUAACAAGGCUACAUGUUUUAUAAGCAUAGAGAAAAUGAUGUUUUUCACUGUUAUUUUGAUGUUUGUUAAAUUAGAAAAUGGUUUGCUUCAGUAUUUCAUGCUAGCCAUGAAACUACUUCAAUUCUAAUUUAACACAAUCUUUCAGGAAAUUUCUGAAGAUUCACUGUCCUUUGAAUAUAAUACUAAAAUUCUCAUUUACCCUAGAAAAUCCUAAAAUUAGGUUUGCUUUAGUUAAAGAAACAUGUUUCUUGGACUUCUGGGGGAGAAGUCUCUUAGUUUCUUUUGAAGAAGAAACUUCUAUUUUUAACCAAAAACUAGCAUUUAUUCCCUCCCCCCAAAAAUACAAUUAAUAGGAAAGAGCACUGCAUAUUAAGAAAAAUGCAGCUGAAAUUUCUAAGAAUUACUCAA